UCGCCGGUGGAGCACCCCUCUAAACUCCUUGGUCUCCAGGACCGACGCUCAGGCUCGUCUCUCGCCUUAGCCAAACUUGCUUUCCCGCCUCUCAAACUCCAACUUCCCUUCACUCCUAACUCUUUCCCUCCACUUUCCCCUCCUCUACCUCCCAAGCCACAAACCCUGGUCCCCUGUUCCUUUUCCCCGUCCUCUCUCUUUUCCUAUCCCUUUUCAACUUCUUGUCAGAUUCCACCUCAGACUACCCGAGCGUGCCUAACUCAGUCUCCCGCUUUAGAUCGGCUCGAAGCCAUGGCGGGACCUGGGGGUUGGAGGGACAAGGAAGUCACGGAUCUGGGCCACUUGCCGGAUCCAACUGGAAUAUUCUCACUGGAUAAAACAAUUGGCCUUGGUACUUAUGGCAGGAUCUAUUUGGGACUCCAUGAAAAAACUGGUGCAUUUACAGCUGUUAAAGUGAUGAAUGCUCGUAAGACUGCUUUACCUGAAAUAGGAAGGAGAGUGAGAGUGAAUAAAUAUCAAAAGUCUGUCGGAUGGAGAUACAGCGACGAGGAAGAGGAUCUCAGGACUGAACUCAACCUUUUGAAGAAGUACUCUUUUCACAAAAACAUUGUAUCCUUCUAUGGUGCUUUUUUCAAGCUGAGUCCCCCUGGCCAGAGGCACCAACUUUGGAUGGUGAUGGAGUUAUGCGCAGCAGGCUCAGUCACUGAUGUAGUGAGAAUGACCAGAAAUCAGAGUUUGAAAGAAGAUUGGAUUGCAUAUAUCUGUCGAGAAAUCCUUCAGGGCCUAGCUCAUCUUCAUGCACACCGUGUAAUUCACCGGGACAUCAAAGGUCAGAAUGUGCUACUGACUCAUAAUGCUGAAGUAAAACUUGUGGAUUUUGGAGUGAGUGCCCAGGUGAGCAGAACUAAUGGGAGGAGAAAUAGUUUCAUUGGAACACCAUACUGGAUGGCACCUGAAGUGAUUGACUGUGACGAAGAUCCGAGACGCUCCUAUGAUUACAGAAGUGAUGUGUGGUCUGUGGGAAUCACUGCUAUUGAAAUGGCCGAGGGGGCUCCUCCCCUGUGUAAUCUUCAGCCUCUGGAAGCCCUCUUUGUUAUUUUGCGGGAAUCUGCCCCCAAAGUCAAAUCCAGUGGAUGGUCUCGCAAGUUCCACAACUUCAUGGAAAAGUGCAUGAUAAAAAAUUUCCUAUUUCGUCCUACUUCUGCAAACAUGCUUCAUCACCCUUUUGUUCGGAAUAUAAAAAAUGAAGGACACGUUGUUGAGUCACUGAAGAAGCAUCUUAUUGGAAUCAUUAAAAAGAGACAGAAAAAAGGAAUACCUCUGAUCUUUGAAAGAGAAGAAGCUAUUAAGGAGCAAUACACCAUGAGAAGAUUCAGAGGACCUUCUUGUACUCAUGAGCUUCUGAGACUGCCAACCAGCAGUAGAUGUAGACCACUUAGAGUUCUGCAUGGAGAACCAUCUCAGCCAAGGUGGUUACCUGAUCGAGAAGAGCCACAGGUCCAGGCACUUCAGCAUCUACAGGGAGCAGCCAGGGUGUUCAUGCCACUACAGGCUCAAGACAAUGCACCUAGGCCUCUACAGGGGCAAGCCCAGGCACCUCAGCGACUACAAGGGGCAGCUCGGGUGUUUAUGCCACUACGGGCUCAGGUUAAGGCUAAGGCAUCUAGGCCCCUACAGAUGCAGAUUAAGGCACCUCCACGACUACGGAGGGCAGCCUGGAUGCUUAUGCCACUACAGGCUCAGGUUAAGGCAUCUAGGUCUCUACAGGUACAGGUACAGGUACCUAAAGAGCAGCAGGCUCAGGCUCAGUCCCAGACAUCAGAAGAGCCACAGGAUCUGGACCAGGUACCAGAGGAAUUUCAGGGGCAAGAUCAGGUACCUGAACAACAACAAAGGCAGGGUCAGGCCCCUGAACAACAGCAGAGGCAGAACCAGGUACCUGAACAGCAGCUGGAGCAGAACCAGCUACCUGUACAGCCAGAGGUACAGGAACAGGCUCCUGAGCCCACACAAGCAGAGACUGAGUCAGAAGAACCUGAGUCCUUACAGGUACAUGCCCAGGUAUUCCUGCCCCUACUCUCACAGAACCACCAUGUGCUGUUGCCACUACAUCUGGAUACUCAGGUACUCAUUCCAGUAGAGGGACAAAAUGAAGGGUCACCUCAAGCACAGGCCUGGGCACUAGAGUCCCCACAGGCAGUUGGCUCAGUUCAAGAACUGAUAGAGGGACUAUCAAGAGGCUUACUUCGAGCACCAGACUCACAUAACUCAAAGCCACUUGGUCCACUGCAAACCUUGAUGGAAAACCUGUCUUCAAACAUGUUUUACUCUCAACCAGAACAAGCACGGAAGAAAAAAUCAAAAGUUUCUAGUCUAAGGCAGGCAUUGGCAAAAAGACUAUCACCAAAGAGGUUCCGGGCAAAGUUAUCACGGAGACCUGAAGAGUUUGAGCUCUCAGAUUUAGAAGCCUGCAGGCGAAGGCGCCAGAACAGAUGGGAGGAUAUCUUUAAUCAGCACGAGGAGGAAUUGAGACAAGCUGCAAAUGACAAAGAAGAUGAAUCAUCAGACAAUGAUGAAGUAUUUCAUUCAAUUCAAGCUGAAGUCCAAAUAGAACCAUUGCAACCAUAUGUUCCAAAUCCUAAAGGAAAUGAGGUCCAAGAAAGAUCUACUUCAAAGCCUUACAAGCAGGAUUGUGAACACCGUGUCAAGAUCUCUUCAAAUGUUCCUCAGCAGUCUGUUUUGGAACAAUCUCAGAAGCCAAUUGACAUCAGACAAAGAAGUUUGCAAAAUCUUCAAAACUGCCCAGCAGCUUCAGACUCUUCUUCUGAGGAAGAGAGUCCUGUGACCUGGAGGAGGUCCCAGUCAUCACCGCCUUAUUCCACUAUUGAUCAGAAGUUGCUGGUUGAUGUCCACGUUCCAGAUGGAUUUAAAGUAGGAAAAAUAUCACCCCCUGUUUACUUGACAAAUGAAUGGGUAGGCUAUAAUGCACUCUCUGAAAUCUUCCGGAAUGAUUGGUUAACUCCUGCACCUGUCAUUCAGCCACCUGAAGAGGAUGGUGAUUAUGUUGAACUCUAUGAUACUGGUGCUGAUACUGAUGGUGAUGAUGCUGAUUCUAAUGAUGCAUAUGAGGACACCUAUGAUCAUGACAAUGACAAUGAUGACUUGGAUAGCAAGGUUGAUCAGGCUAAUGAUGUUGGUAAAGACUAUGAAGAUAAUGACAGUGAUGGAGCUAUUGAUGACAAAGCCAAUAAUCAUGAUGAUGCCCCUUGUUGGCCAAGAACAAGCUAUGACAGAGAUGGAAGCUGCAAGCAAGAUGGUAGAGAUGGAAGUGAUGGUGGAGAAGAGACCUGCAGCAGCUAUGGAAGUCAGAAAGUCAGUAGAGGCCAUGGAGAAAAUGUAGCCAGUGGAGGCAGUGUAGCCAUUAGAGACCAUGAAGAACUUGGAGCCAAUAUAGGCAAUGGAAGAAAAGUUAAGGAAGUCAAUGGAGGUAAGGGAAUCAGUGGAACCAAUGAAGAAAGUGGAGCCCUUGAACUCAGUGGAGGAGAAAAUUUGUCAGAGACAGAUAGUCAAGGAUUGGAGAGACCGACAUCCCACGACUUUGAACAUCAACAGGAGGAGCCUGGUGGUAGAAGCGAGGCCUCAAAUGCCAUUGCCUCAGGUGCUGCACUAGCAGCACCUGAUGAUGAGAAUAACAGCAUGGACAUAUCAGAAGCAUCAACACAAUCAGGUUUUUCUGCAAGCCACUCUUCUUCCAAUGGUUCUGGGAAAGCUGCAAAUGCUGACUUUGCCAGCGCCAUCUUGUAUGCUGGAUUGGUGGAAGCACCUGAGAAACCACCUAAACGACCCUCUGAAGUCAAUGUUAACCCACUAUAUGUGUCUCCUGCAUGUAAAAAACCACUAAUUCACAUGUAUGAGAAGGAAUUCACUUCCGAGAUUUGUUGCGGUUCUUUGUGGGGAGUGAAUUUGCUGUUGGGAACCCGAUCUAAUCUGUAUCUGAUGGACAGAAGUGGAAAGGCAGACAUCAUUAAACUGAUAAAGCGAAGACCAUUCCGUCAGAUUCAAGUUGUAGAGCCACUCAAUUUGCUGAUUACCAUCUCCGGCCAUAAGAACAGACUUAGGGUGUAUCAUUUGACCUGGCUGAGGAACAAGAUUUUGAAUGAUGAUCCAGAAAGUAAAAGAAGACAAGAGGAAAUGCUAAAGACAGAGGAAGCCUGCAAAGCUAUUGAUAAGUUGACAGGAUGUGAACACUUCAGUGUCCUUCAGCAUGAAGAAACAACAUAUAUUGCAAUUGCUUUGAAAUCAUCAAUUCACCUUUAUGCUUGGGCACCAAAGUCCUUCGAUGAAAGCACUGCUAUUAAAGUGUUUCCAACAGCUGGUCAUAAGCCAGUGACAGUUGACCUGGCUAUUGGUACUGAAAAAAGACUAAAGAUUUUCUUCAGCUCAGCAGAUGGAUAUCACAUCAUUGAUGCAGAAUCUGAGGUUAUGUCUGAUGUGACUCUGCCAAAUAACCCCCUGGAAAUCAUUAUACCACAGAAUAUCAUCAUUUUACCUGAUUCCUUGGGAAUUGGCAUGAUGCUCACUUUCAAUGCUGAAGCCCUUUCUAUGGAAGCAAAUGAACAACUCUUCAAGAAGAUCCUUGAAGUGUGGAAAGACAUACCAUCUUCAGUAGCUGUUGAGUGUACACAGCGAACCACAGGAUGGGGCCAAAGGGCCAUUGAAGUCCGCUCUUUACAGUCAAGAGUUCUGGAAAGUGAACUGAAGCGCAGGUCAAUUAAGAAACUGAGAUUUCUGUGUACCCGAGGUGACAAGCUGUUCUUUACCUCUACCCUGCGUAAUCGCCACAGCCGGGUUUACUUCAUGACCCUUGGAAAACUUGAAGAGCUCCAAAGCAAUUAUGGUGUUUAAAAGGUUCCAAUGAUUUAUUACAACAUUUACAAACAUCAUAAAUAUACAAUUUACAUCUUAAAAUUUCUGAGAUUAAAUAAACAUUCAGUUUUAUUGUUAGGGAAAAAUUAAAUCAGAUACUUUACUUUUAAUGUAGCACAAAAUAGUUCUAAUGAGAAAUGCAUCUUUAUAUAUAAAAUUAACUAUAGCAAGCUCUAUGUACUCCAAUGGUGUACGAUAUCUUUUGCACAAACUUUGUAACUUUUGUUACUGUGAAUUCAAAUAUUACUCUUUGGACAGUUUGGACAGUAUCUACAUUCAGAUUUUACUACAUGGAGUAAAGAAACUUGUAAUGAGUUAGGUUCCAAAGCUUUCAAAAUAACUGGCUCUGAGUGAGGUUUUUCAGAAAAAAAUAAAAAUGACAACAAACAAUAUGCACAUUUGUAAAGUCAUAUAAAGAACCUAAGUUUAGAUUAUUAAAUGAAAAUAAUAAGGACUAUGCUAUAAACCAGACUAAGGCUGAACAACCUGCACGCCUGGAGAAAACUGCAGUGAUAAAGGGGAAAAGGCCACCCAUUCUUACUGUUCUUUGUCAGUUAAACUUCCAGUCAACGACCAGUUGUGCUUUUUCAUUACCAUGUUAAGCUGGUUUCCUCCUGAUAAGGAGGAAGAAACUCUUAGAUUCUUGAUUUUCCUCACAAGCCCUGAAGAUGUGCAAUAGCUGUUAAAAAAAAACAACAACAACACCAAAUAAUUCCCUCGUAAGCCUGAAUACAGGACUGAGCUCCUUACACAUGUACUGUACAAAGAGUUUUUUAAAAUACUUUAAAGUAGGCAUCAAAUUCUGACCCCCAAAGACAGAUUGGUUGAUUUAUCAAAAUUUUUAUCUGGCCAACAGUGGGACCAUCAGACAAUAUAGGAUAUUUUCCCCAACCCAGAUUAAACCAUAUAAAAGUUUCCCCCAGUUAUAAACAAAAAGAACAAAAUGUAACCACAAAAACCUUGGCUGCUAAUACUUAUGUUUUCCUAUUUCUAUUUCUGUAAAAUCAGAAAUUAAUCUAAAAGUGAUGUCUACAUACUGAAACUUAAUGUUUAGGUAAAGAAAGAAAAAAAUGAAAAGAAAAAAAAAGAAGAAAGAUUUUGAAAAAAGUACAAUUUUCAUCAAAUUUAGAGUAGUGAAAACCAUGCUAAUACAUCACCCAAUAUGUUAUAGACGCCAUAGAUAGGUGGUGACAGCUACCUGGUGAAAAGCAUAAUUUCUGCAAUAUCCAUCCUCAAUACCAUGGUUAGUUCUGGGGCAAAAGAGAAGCAACAGAACUACCGCAAAGUAUACCUCAGUAUAAUUCCUCUAGUUCUGCUUCAUAAAUAUGAAGACAGGGCUAGUGGGAUAAUAAUUUUCAAACUACCUGGUUAACCAAAAUACAAAAGCAGCUGAUUGUGUGUGAUUUCAUGAUAGCACAUUAUUCCUUGACACCUUGGUGCCAAGAAUGACGAUUUGGAUUUUCCUAACAACUUAUGUCAAGAGUGUAGUCUCUCAAAAUGAGAAUUUAGGAGAACCUAAAUCCAUGAAAUAAAGAAAUAAAUGUGAUUCACAUUUCUGUUACUGUGACACAAUAAUGUGAUCCUAAAACUGGCUUAUCCUUGAGUGUUUACAACUCGAAUGAUUUUUUAAAUGCAGUAGUUUAAAGAGAAAACAAACAUUUAUGUCAAAUUAUUUCCUUAGAAGCAGUCUUCAUUACUAUAAAUUUGUACACCAAUAAGCCAUGGGGAACUUUGUGCAAGUACCUCAUUGCUGAGCAAAUGGAGCUUGCUAUGUUUGAAUUUCAGAAAAUUUUCUCAUUUAAGUAGUGUGUAGAAUCAAGUUUUUUAAGAAUACAUUUUUUCUUCAUAAUAUUUACUUAAAGUUAAGAUUAAAAGAUAAGUUUUAUCUUAAAGUCAUAUUUUUAAGGCAGUAAGUCAGUAAACUAUUUUAGGAAGCCAACUCCCAUUGUGCUUAGUGGCUAUUAUUCUAGUAAACAGAGACCAUAGUGAACUGAAUCUACAGAGAUGUCCCAAAGUAAACAAACAAGAAAAAUUGCAGAUGUGUAACUGAACUUUAAAGUAUGGGGUGUUAAUGAAGAAAGGAAGCUGGGCACAUAUCGUGAAGGGAGAUUGAAAUCUAGGGUAGCUCAGUAGAAAAGACUGAAAAUAUUUAAAGUGGUUCAUGAGUAAUGAAUAUUCCCAAUUUUGCUGUCACUCUAUCUGGAUUUUUUAUAUCCUUUGCCAGGUGAAACAAGAAAGUGAAGAGAUAAUUAAAUUUCAUAGUCAGUGCACAAUAAUAGAAGAAAUUAUGUCUAUACCUCACUUUGUAGAUGAGUACCUGGAAGCCCCAGCUCUUUACAGAAGCAAUGAAGGGGGACUCCUGCCCAGCCAAUUCCCCCAGACAUGUGAUUGAAACAUGAAAGUUCUAGCAGGUUGUGAGUAGCACUGAGACAGAAUACAGUUUUAUUUUAGUGUACUUUAGUUUUUACACUAAUGCCCUUGUCCAGAAUAAAAGGCACUGUUCAAAAUAUUUGAAAACUAGAAAAUGAUAUAUGAAAAGAGUUGACAAAAAAAGCUCUGAGUGAUUAGGUCUGUUGAAGUAAGCUAAGAGCCCCAGAGGAAAUAGUAGGAAAGGAUAAUCAUUUAGAUAGUAAAAUAGGAAAAGCAGAAAUUAUACAUGGGCACAUACACACAUGUACGCAUACAUACAUUCAUACACACAAACCGUUAGAAUGCAUAAUUUUUAAUAUGUUCAGUGCUACAGUAUCUAGAGAAAAGAAUCACUAGGUAUUUUCUGUGAAAACUAAUUUAAUUGAAACAGUAUUCAUAAAACUAGGAAUAAUGCCACAUGCAUUCAAUGGGAUCUUUUAAAUAUCUUCAAUUCUUUUUUAAAAAAUGUACCUAUUUAAAUCAAUUUGUAUUCAAGCUGUGCUUUAACUUUAAAAAAUUAUUGAAAUAAUCUUUGAGACUGUUAAUUGUUUCAUUAGAAAAUCUGCAAUGAACCAUUGUUCAACCUCUAAAAAUAAACAUUUUUUAAAAAUUA